AUGCUUGAUCCAAAUAUAAUGUGGAAAAAAUGGAAAACAACAUUUUUAUCAAUCGCCGAUUUUCACGCUCCCGAGACUACCAAAAAGGUUAGAAGUGAGUAUGCUCCAUGGAUCACAAAUAAUAUUAGGGAAGUUAUGAAACAAAGAGAUUUUUUGAAAAAAAAAGCAGUUAAAACAGGAUCGAAACAGUUUCAUGAUGCCUAUAAGCGAACACGUAACGAUCUAAACAGAUUAAUUAAAAAUACAAAAUCGACUUAUUUUAGGAACACUUUGAAUGGAUGCGAAAAAAAUCCCAAAGAAAUGUGGAAAACGAUUAAUAAACUUACAGGAAAAAAGUCAAAAACAACUUUAAUAUCCGAAAUCCAACAUGACAAUCAAAAUGUAACAAAACCAGAGGAGAUCGCAAAUAGCUUAAACGCGCAUUUCAAUGAGGUAGCUUCAAACCUAGCAAAAGACAUUCCACAAAGUUGCAAGACGGCAGAGUCUUACUUAACCUCAUCCAUCGCACGGUUUAAUAUUCAAAACGUCUCAUUAACAAAAGUAUUUAAAUUACUUUCGACGAUAAAAACAUCCAAGUCAGCAGGCCAUGAUAGAAUAUCCGGCAAACUUCUGAAAGAUGCGGCUGAAGUUAUAGCACCCACAUUAACAGCCAUAUUUAAUGCAUCUAUACAUGCGGGUGUAUUUCCUGAUGACUUUAAAACUGCAAUCAUUUCACCCAUUCAUAAAUCUGGAAGUAAAACAAAUUGCGAUAAUUAUCGCCCAAUCUCUGUUCUAUCAUCAGCUUCUAAAAUAUUUGAGAAAUUAAUUACCGAACAGCUUGAAACGUAUCUGGAAUCUAACGGCAUACUUACGGAACAGCAAGCAGGAUUCAGAAAAAAUAAUUCCACACAAACCUCCCUACUUAACAUUACAAACCAAUGGUUAAUUAAUAUGGACAAGGGUUGUUUGAACGGUGUUAUUUUUCUGGAUCUCAAAAAAGCGUUUGACUGCGUUGACCACCAUAUAUUAACUAAGAAAAUGCAUAUCUAUGGCAUAAGAGGACAUACACUUGCAUGGUUUCGAUCUUAUCUUACAAAUAGGACUCAAAUCUGCAAGGUCAACCAAGCAAUGUCUGAGGCAAGGACUGUUAAAUGUGGCAUACCUCAAGGUUCAAAUCUAGGCCCACUGCUGUUCUUGCUUUAUAUAAAUGACCUACCAAAUUGUCUGAGUCUGUCUUCAGCAAGCAUGUUUGCUGAUGACACAAACAUUUCAACUCACGGUGAUACUGGCAAUGAAAUACAAGAACGCUUAAACACAGACUUAGAAAAUGUGCAUCAAUGGCUACUUGCAAACAAACUUACACUCAACAAACAAAAAACUGAAUAUAUGAUUAUCGGCUCACGACAACGUAUAUCAAAUAAAAUAGGGGAUCCUAAAAUUGAACUCGGUGAGUCAGAAAUUAAACGUGUUCAUAAAUCAAAAACUUUAGGAGUCAUUAUUGACGAGCGUCUUUCAUGGGUCGACCAAAUUCAAAAUACUGUAACGAAAGUUUCAAAAGGAAUAGGGAUGAUGCGAAGAAUGAAACAGUUUGUUCCCAAAUCAACAUUAUUGAAAAUCUACAAUGCCAUUAAUUGUGUUGUCACACUUUGAUUAUUGUAGCUUGGUAUGGGGCAACUGUUGUGAAUAUCUAAUUGAUAAACUUCAAGAAUUACAAAAUAGAGCAGCGCGAAUUAUCACUGGUAGCACAUACGAUGUAAGUUCUGAGAACGUUUUAAAAGAGUUAAACUGGCAACCCCUUAAAAAUCGAUACAAAAACAAUAAGACGAGCUUCUUGCAUAAACUAAGAAAUGCCGCUUUAACAAACAUGUUCAAAAUUGCAAAUAAUGAUAGGUAUAACUUGCGAAGUAAUGAUAACAACUAUACACUUGAAAAGCCGGAAACAAACUUUAUGAAAAAGAGCUUUAGUUACUCUGCUGCAUCACUUUGGAACAGCUUGCCCACUGCAGCUAAAGAAAAAGGCAUUGGCUUAAACAAAUUUAAAUGUAUUCUUGACGGUACAUGAUUUCAGUACUAUACAUAUACUUGUUUGUAAAUAUUUUUAUCCAAGCUUUAAUAUGUGUGUAAUAUUAUAUUAGGAAAUUUUAUUAGUGUGAUGCAUGUAAACGGCCCCUUGAAAAGCAGGUGUAUAUUUGAGCCCUGAAGGGUUACCGUUUUAAAAUAUUUUUAAAUAAUAAUAAUAAUAAUAUGUAUAUAUAUAUAUAUAUAUAUAUAUAUAUAUAUAUAUAUAUAUAUAUAUAUAUAUAUAUAUAUAUAUAUAUAUAUAUAUAUAUAUAUAUAUAUAUAUAUAUAUAUAUAUAUAUAUAUAUAAUUAUAUAUAUUAUAUAUAACAAGUUUAUUGGCAUUCAGCGAUAUCCAACUUAAAUUUUGAUGUAUGCCAUGCACACUUCGAUGCCAUAUUGACAAAGAUACAUUCAUAUAAACAGGUGUAAACAUUUUUGGAACUGAAGAAAUUAGCUAAAAAUGGCUUAUUAAAUAUUAAUACAUACAACAUGCAAUAACUUGUGUUGAGACGCAUUAUACUUUAUUGUCAGUACGCUCGCGCUUGUUAAAAACAAUCGUCUAUAUUUAUCAGUAAAUGCAUGGGCGUACCAGAAGGAAAAAAUUAGGGGGGCGGAAAGAAAAUUGCCCGACUUUUCGGGAUUUUGCCCGACUAGUACCACAAAAAAUUUUUCCGGAAAAAUUUUUUUGGCGACCUCCCCCCGCCCCCCUAUUUUUCGGAACAUACCCAAAAUUUUCAAAAAAUCUCAAAAUUUGCCAACAAAUUGACUUAAUUUUAGACUAAAUUUACAGAAUUUGUCACAUUUUUUUUUAUUGCAAGCCAAAAUUGCCCGACUGUUGAUCGAAUAUUGCCCGACUGCCCAAAAAACUGGGGGGGCUGCCGCCCCCCCCGCCCCCCCGCCCGGUACGCCUAUGAGUAAAUGCAUUUUCCUAUAUAAGGAAGCUUGGAAGACCAUAAACAGUUUAUUGGGAAGGCAAAACAAACCAACAAUUGUAAAUGAGCUAAAACUUGGUGAAAAUAGUUUAACUAACCCUAAAGAUAUUGGGUUUUAAUGAUUAUUUUUCAAAUAUUGGCCCAAAUUUAGCUAGCCAAAUUAAUACUUCAAAUUUGAACCUUGAAACAUAUGUCAAAAAUACUGAAUCAGAAUUCACCGCAUUCCAACCUGUCACGGUCAAUCACGUCUACCAACUUCUGACUGCAUGGUCUCUCAAGCAACAAAGCCACAGGUGUCGACAAAAUUUCUUGCAAAAUUAUUAAGAUUGCUUCACCUGCUAUUUCAGAUUCACUAACACAUAUUUUUAAUCAGGCCAUUACUCUGUCCUCAUUCCCUGAUGAAUGGAAAAUGGCUAGAGUAAUACCUCUAUACAACAAUGGCCAACGUAAUGUGGCAGGAAAUUACAGACCAAUUUCUGUCCUGCCAGCCAUUAGCAAAAUUCUGGAAAAAAUUCUGUAUAAUCAACUGUACAGUUACUAUAUAAUGCAAUUUUUAUAAACAUGCAUGAGGCUUGUAGUUUUAUCAUGUUUUACCAAAUCUACAUAUUUUCUUAUAGAACAACCAGACGUGUCCACAAAUGGAACAGCAUAUACACUGACUUUCUCCUUGCAGAUUCCUUCACAAAAAUUCACGUAAGUCGAAAACGUUUGAAAAAUGACACAGAAAUAUUGCAUCUCGCGAUAACGACCUGCACUGGACGUUAAGGCUGUUCUGUGAAUUUACCUUGUGCAUUUUAUCACAUAUAGAAAUUUAUUUGUAGGCACUUUUACGUUGUGGCUUUGGAAUUAAAAGACGGGAAGAAAGGUCGAUCUCCAGCAAGUUACGGAAACAAUGAGUUCGUGACGUACGCUGAGGCGGAACAAUCAAGCGACCCGAAACCUUAUAUCGCUGCAGUAGUAACAUCAAAGGAUGAAAACAUAUUUAUACUUGGUGAAGAUGGAAAUAUAAGUGAUCCAACAUCACGAAGACGCAGAUCAAUCUCAAGUGAUUACUACAAUGGUCCGUUGGAACCUGAUACUAGUUACAGUAUUUUUCAAAGGAUUUUUAUUAAUGACAAGGUAUGGUAUUUGUUGGUUAUCACAUUUUAGAAGUAAAUAUUUCCUUGUCUGAUUUCUCUACUAAAAGAAAUUUGGCAUUGACACAGAUGCCAAACAUGGUAAGAACAACGUGAUAAAGUCUUUUGUGUAUUUAUAACAACACUGAUAAAUUUUCAUUUUCUUGCUUUACUUUACUUUAGAGUGAAUAUUACUCCACAGACUGGAGUCCUGCUUCAAAAACGAACGAUCAACAACGACCACAAACAACCGUCAAAAACGAACCACCAACAGUAUAUCCAGGCAAACAAGUUACUGUAACUGUAUUCAUAGAUGAGUUAGGGUUAGAUAGCAAAAUCACGAGCAAAGAAUACACGGUUGGUCGGGAUGAAAUCCAUUAUUCAUAG